AUGGCGCCGUAUUCCAAGCCAGAGGCAAUCCUCAAGCAGGCCGAAGGCCUCGUAUCGGUCGGGCAGACGCACGCAGCUCUGCAGGCUUUGACCGAGAUGUUUUCGUCAAAACGAUUCCGCUCGUCACCCCUUGCAUCGCUCGAGCCGAUAAUGCUUCGUUUCAUCGAACUCUGUGUCGACAUGCGCAAAGGACGCACAGCCAAGGAGGGCCUCAUGCAAUACAAGAACAUCGCGCAAAACAGCAGCGUUGCAUCCAUCGAAGUCAUCAUCAGCCGCUUCAUCCAGCUCGCAGACGCGAAGGUGCAGGAGGCGCAGGAGAAGGCGGAGAAGGCGGUCGCGCUUACGGAUGUCGAUGAUCUUGAGGCGAGCGAGACGCCAGAGAGCAUUCUCCUUGGUGCUGUGAGUGGCGACCAAAACAAGGACAGGACCGACCGCGCUCUUGUCACGCCAUGGCUCAAAUUCCUGUGGGAGAGUUAUCGCACAGCAUUGGAGACUCUCAAGAACAACGCUAGGUUGGAGACCAUCUACCAGCAAAUUGCACAGCAAGCGUUCCGUUUCUGCUUGAAGCACGAGCGUAAAGUUGAGUUCCGACGGUUAUGCGAGACUCUCCGUCUCCACCUUGCAAACGUCGCCAAGUACGCACACCAGACGCAUUCCAUCAACCUCACCGACCCCGACACUCUCCAACGUCACCUCGACACCCGCUUUGCGCAGCUCAACACCUCAGUAGAGCUCGAGCUCUGGCAGGAGGCGUUCCGUUCCGUCGAGGAUGUGCACAAUCUGCUCACCAUGGCUAAGAAGGCUCCUCGUCCGGCGAUGAUGGCGAACUACUACGAGAAGCUUACCCGCAUUUUCCUCAUGAGCGGAAACGCUCUCUACCAUGCUGCCGCCUGGAGUCGUUACUACUCCAUCGUCACUGCGAUGGGUGGCAAGUCGGAGGAGGAGCUGAGCCGACUCGCCGGACAGGUACUCAUAAGUGCCCUCGCUGUUUCGGUCGGCUCCCACGGCGAGGAGAGUGCGGCUGAAGAGGGUAAGGGCAAGAACGCGCGGUUGACUGCAUUGCUCGGUCUGGCAAAGACGCCGACUCGUACUGGCCUCCUGAAGGACGCUCUCGCGCGCAAUGUUCUCAAGCUAUCGCCGAAGUCGAUCAAGGAGCUGUACAAUGUUCUUGAGGUCACAUUCGACCCGCUCAGCCUCUGCUCUUCCGUCGAGCCCCUGCUGAAGGCGUUUCCGAGUGAUAGUACUUACGCGUCCUACCUCCCCCUCCUCCAGCGCGCGCUCCUCUCGCGCCUGCUCUCGCAGCUGUCCCAGGUGUACUCCACUAUCCAGAUCAGCACCCUCCACGAGCUCGCUGCCCCCAUCCGGGACCUCGGCCUCGAGAGUACGAAGGUCUACGACGAGGAGCAGAUCGAGGCGUAUGUCAUGGGCUGUGCGCGCCGCGGAGAGCUAAACGUUCGCGUCGACCACGCUGAUGGCACCAUUACCUUCAAUGACAGCCCCUUCGCCGCCGUCGAGGACCCGAGCUCGUCGACGUCCACGGCCGCAGGCGCUGUGCAGCCGUCGACAUCCGAGUUCGUGCGCACACGUCUCAGCAACCUCGCGUCGUGUCUGCACAGCUCACUCGCCACCCUCUACCCUCCCGCGCCGCUCUCCGAGGAAGUUCAGGAGGCCAAGUUCGCCGCCCUCGUCGCUGCCGCACAGGCAGAGCGCAAGGCUCUCCAGCUGCGUCGGGCAAUCGUCGCUCGUCGCCGGGAGCUCCUGUCCGAACUUUCCGUGCGGAAGGAGAAGGAGGAGGCCAGCCGCCGCGCAGAGCUUUCCCGCCUCGAGAAGGAGAAGGAAUCCCGGAAGGCAGUGGAGGACCUUCGUAAGAAGGAAGUCGAGCGUGCUAGGAGGGAGAUCGAGACUAUCCGGAACGAGGAGGCGAGGAAGCUUGCCCAGAGUCUCAAGGAGAAGGGUACCCUCAAGGUCGACAUCGACGACAUGGAGAACAUCAGCACGGACAACCUCAUGCGGCUUCAGGUCGAGCAGUUGGCUAAGGAGAAGAAGGAGCUCGCCGAGCGCAUGCGUAUCGCCUCCAAGCGCCUCGACCACAUCGAGCGUGCGUACCGCAAGGAGGAGCGGCCUCUCCUCGCCAAGGACUACGAGAUCCAGCAGGAGGACGACAAGGCGACGUUCGAGAUCACCCAAAAGGCUCGUCUCGAGGCUCACCGGCUGGCGCACCAGCGCGAUAUGGAGACGAAGAAGAGGCUCGCGCGUACGAUGCCCGACUACCUCGCGAAAAAGGAAGAGAUCAUGAGCAAGCGGAAAGAGGAGUUCCAACGAAGGCAGGAGCUCGCUCAGAAGAAGAUCGAGGAGGAGAAGGCGAAGCGCAGAGCAACCAUCCUCAAGCAACGCGAGGAGGAACGAUUGCUCGUCGAAGAGGAGGAGAGGAUCGAGCGCGAGAAGGAAGAAGAGCAACGCCGGCUGGAAGAGGAGCGCAUCGCGGAGGAAGAACGCCGCGUAGCCGAGGAAGCGGCGGAGCGCGAGCAGGAGGAAACCAAGAAGCGAGAGGAGGAAGAGGCCCGGGCCGCGGUAAUCAGGAAGCGUGAGGAGGAGCGGGCAGCCUCGCUCGAGCAGGCCCGCAAGCAGCAGCAGCGCGAGGAGGAGGCGCUCGAGAGGGCGAAGGCCCGGCGCAACCAGCCCGCUGCUCCCGCGCCUGUACCGUUGCGAGCAACGCCUGGCGGGGGAGACACCUGGAGACGCUCUGGUGCUCCCGCUGCUGCGCCCCCAGCCUCUCCACGCCCUCGUGCGGUCAGUCCGCCCCGUUCAGAGAGCCCGGCACCAGCUCAGAAGUUCCGUCCUGGUGCGCUGCAGGGCGGCGGUGGAUGGCGUGCUAGGGAGGCGGCAAGGAAGGACACAGACACGGCAGGCGCAAAUACCUCUCGUCCUGCUUCGCCUGCGCCUAGGGCACCCGCCGCCAAGGAGGAGCCACCCAAGGAGCUACCCAAGGAAGACGGUUUCCAGACUGUCGAGAAGAAAGGUGUCUGGCGGCCACGCAGGGGCAGGUUCUGA